GGCGCGGGCGCCCUCCCGGCGCCUCCGGACGCCCUCGGAGGACCCCGGCCCAGCGGCGGCGGCCUGCCACACUCCACCUGGAACCAUGAGUGAGGGCCGCAGGGACAGCACAAGCAGUCUGCAGCGCAAGAAGCCACCCUGGCUGAAGCUGGACAUACCGGCUGUGAUGCCGCCAACAGCAGAGGAGCCCAGCUUCCUGCAGCCCCUGAGGUGCCAGACUUUCCUGCGGAGUGUGAGUAUGCCAGCUGAGACGGCCCACGUCCCUUCGCCCCACCAUGAGCCCCGGCGGCCUGUGCUCCAGCGCCAGACAUCUAUCACACAGACCAUCCGCAGCCGACAGGUGCGCUUUGGGCGAGUCCAUACUCUGCCCCUCUCAGGUCCCCGGGCUGCCUGCAGGCCGCCCCCACAGCGCCAGUCCCUCUCUUGGUCCCUGCUCAGGGGGACAGCUGACUGGUUUGGAGUGAGCAAGGACAGUGACAGCACCCAGAAGUGGCAGCGCAAAAGCAUCCGUCACUGCAGCCAGCGCUAUGGGAAGCUGAAACCCCAGGUCAUUCGGGAGCUGGAUCUGCCUAGCCAGGACAAUGUGUCGCUGACCAGCACGGAGACGCCACCCCCACUGUAUGUGGGGCCAUGCCAGCUGGGCAUGCAGAAGAUCAUAGACCCUCUGGCCCGCGGCCGGGCCUUCCGCAUGGCAGAUGACACUGCUGAUGGCCUGAGCGCCCCGCACACUCCGGUCACACCAGGUGCUGCCUCCCUCUGCUCCUUCUCCAGCUCCCGCUCAGGUUUUAACCGGCUUCCUCGGCGGCGCAAGCGUGAAUCUGUGGCCAAGAUGAGCUUCAGGGCGGCUGCAGCACUGGUGAAGGGCCGCUCUGCUAAGGAUGGCACCUUACGCCGGGCACACCGACGAAGCUUCACUCCUGCCAGUUUCCUGGAGGAGGACACAGCAGAUUUCCCUGAGGAGUUAGAUACAUCCUUCUUUGCUCGGGAAGGUGUCCUCCAUGAGGAGCUGUCCACAUACCCGGAUGAGGUGUUUGAGUCCCCAUCGGAGGCAGCACUCAAAGACUGGGAGAAAGCCCCAGAGCAGGCCGACCUCACGGGUGGGGCCCUGGACCGCAGUGAGCUUGAGCGCAGCCACUUGAUGCUGCCCCUGGAGCGAGGCUGGCGGAAGCAGAAGGAAGGUGGCACAGCUCCGCAGCCCAAGGUACGGCUUCGACAGGAGGUGGUGAGCGCUGUGGGGCCCAGGAGGGGCCAGCGCAUUGCAGUGCCAGUGCGCAAGCUCUUUGCCAGGGAGAAGCGGCCAUAUGGGCUGGGCAUGGUGGGCCGGCUUACUAACCGCACCUACCGCAAGCGAAUUGACAGCUAUGUGAAGCGCCAGAUCGAGGACAUGGACGACCACAGGCCCUUCUUCACCUACUGGCUUACCUUCGUGCACUCGCUGGUCACCAUUCUAGCAGUGUGUAUCUAUGGCAUCGCGCCUGUGGGCUUCUCGCAGCAUGAAACAGUGGACUCGGUGCUGCGGAACCGUGGUGUCUACGAAAAUGUCAAGUAUGUGCAGCAAGAAAACUUCUGGAUCGGUCCCAGCUCGGAGGCCCUUAUUCACCUGGGUGCCAAGUUCUCGCCCUGCAUGCGCCAGGACCCACAGGUGCACAGCUUCAUCAGUGCUGCUCGUGAGCGUGAGAAGCACUCGGCCUGUUGCGUGCGAAAUGACCGAUCUGGCUGUGUGCAGACCUCAGAGGAGGAGUGCUCGUCCACCCUAGCAGUGUGGGUGAAGUGGCCUGUCCAUCCCAGCGCCCCAGACCUUGCUGGCCACAAGAGGCAGUUUGGCUCUGUCUGCCACCAGGACCCCAGGGUGUGUGAUGAGCCCUCCUCUGAGGACCCCCAUGAGUGGCCAGAAGACAUCACUAAGUGGCCGAUCUGCACUAAAAACAGUGCCGGGAACCACACCAACCACCCUCACAUGGACUGUGUCAUAACAGGCCGACCCUGCUGCGUCGGCACCAAGGGCAGGUGCGAGAUCACCUCCCGGGAGUAUUGUGAAUUCAUGAGGGGUUAUUUCCACGAAGAGGCCACACUCUGCUCUCAGGUGCACUGCAUGGACGAUGUGUGUGGCCUCCUGCCUUUCCUCAACCCUGAGGUGCCUGACCAGUUCUACCGCCUGUGGCUGUCCCUGUUCCUGCACGCUGGGAUCUUGCACUGCCUAGUGUCCAUCUGCUUCCAGAUGACUGUGCUGCGAGACCUGGAGAAGCUGGCCGGCUGGCACCGCAUAGCCAUCAUCUACCUGCUGAGUGGCGUCACUGGCAACCUGGCCAGUGCCAUCUUCCUGCCAUAUAGGGCAGAGGUAGGCCCCGCCGGCUCUCAGUUUGGCAUCCUGGCCUGCCUCUUUGUGGAGCUCUUCCAGAGCUGGCAGAUCCUGGCACGGCCCUGGCGUGCCUUCUUCAAGCUGCUGGCUGUGGUGCUCUUCCUCUUUGCCUUUGGGCUGCUGCCCUGGAUCGACAAUUUCGCCCACAUCUCAGGCUUCAUCAGCGGCCUCUUCCUCUCCUUUGCCUUCCUGCCCUACAUAAGCUUCGGCAAGUUUGACCUGUACCGCAAGCGCUGCCAGAUCAUCAUCUUCCAGGUGGUCUUCCUAGGCCUGCUGGCCGGCCUGGUAGUCCUCUUCUACUUCUAUCCUGUCCGCUGUGAGUGGUGCGAGUUCCUCACCUGUAUCCCCUUCACUGACAAGUUCUGCGAGAAGUACGAACUGGAUGCUCAGCUCCACUGAGCCAGCUGUGGGUGCUGAUGGCCACAACCACCCUGAGACUCGGGGGCCUGUGGACUCUGCCUGCUCUUCAGGGACUUGCCUUCCCUGACAGACCUCCUGUGCCUUGCUCACUCCUGUUGACUUUAUCUUGUUGGGCAUUUAUCACACUCUCCCACGAUAACCUUCUAACUAGACCCUUGACGACCACCUCAUGUGGCCAAUAAAUGGACCGGGAGCGUUUUAGCUGCCACUAAGUUGA